AUGGCAGGACUUUUUGCCCUACUGCCAGACAUCAUACCCAUGAUUGUCCCCGCGACAAUUCAGGUCACCAAGGCACACGAUCUUGAGGCGCAGCGCGCAGGCAAUGAGUCUCCGAUGAUCCGACAGGGGGCCGUUGUCGGCAAGAGCGAUAAGAUGUGCGCUACUGUCCUUAUCGCCAAGGCGAACUGUGCAUCCGCAGUACACCACCACGGAGAACAGGAUACAAUCAUAUAUGCAGUUUCCGGCACUGGCAUCCUCGUGACCAACCGAGGUGACGAGACCGGGCCCCGGCGGCAGGAGCUGUCUGCCGGCGAUUUUGCCGUGGUUCCGUCCUGGACCGAACACCAAGAAGUGAAUGACACAGACGAGGAAUUCGUCUGGAUUUUGAUACGGAGCGGGCCCGAGCCGGUAGUGGUCUACCUGACAGACUUCUUCGGCGAGGAAGUGCCUGCUGAUUAA